UUAAUGGGGUAGGUCCGCUUACAGAUCACCACAUCUAAUCACCUCGCUAAACGCGAAAACACACGGUCCCUGUUGCCAACACUUUUCAUUAUCGGAGAAAGCUAAACAUGGCAGAGGACGACUAUCCAUUUGAGUAUUCUGAUAACAACACCUACAACAUCUCCGAGGAGUUUCCAGAGCUUGAUCUGUUCAUCCCGGAGCCAUGUGGCCAGUUACUCAGCAGCAACUUCAACAAGGUCUUCCUCCCAACGGUUUAUGGAAUAAUAUUCAUCCUCGGGAUUAUCGGCAAUGGACUGGUCAUUGCCGUCAUGGGCUACCAGAAGAAGGUCAAAACGAUGACAGACAAGUACCGGGUCCACCUCUCUGUGGCUGACCUGCUGUUCGUCCUCACGCUGCCCUUCUGGGCCGUGGACGCAGCCAAGACGUGGUACUUUGGAGGCUUCCUCUGCGUUUCGGUGCACGUGAUCUACACGCUGAACCUGUACAGCAGCGUCCUGAUCCUGGCCUUCAUCAGCUUGGACAGGUACUUGGCGAUUGUCCAUGCCACCAACAGCCAGGCCAAAAGGAAGUUGCUGGCCAACAAAGUGAUCUACAUUGCAGUGUGGCUGCCGGCUACCAUCCUGACCGUGCCUGACCUGGUGUUUGCCCGGGUCCAGGAUGUAAAGUCCUCCAACUACUUGUUCGUGGAGGACAGCAUGGAGAGCACCGAUUCCAGAACUAUCUGUCAACGCAUCUACCCUGGGGCAAGCAGCCUGAUUUGGACGGUGGUUUUCCGCUUCCAGCACAUCCUGGUGGGCUUCGUCCUGCCCGGACUGGUCAUCCUCGUCUGCUACUGCAUCAUCAUCUCCAAGCUCUCCCAAGGCGCCAAGGGCCAGGUCCUGAAGAAGAAAGCUUUGAAGACCACAGUGAUCCUCAUCAUUUGCUUCUUCGGAUGCUGGCUACCCUAUUGCACCGGCAUCUUUUUGGACACCCUUAUCAUGCUGGACGUCGUGCGCUCUUCCUGUCAGCUGCAGCAGGCGGUGGAGACAUGGAUCUCAAUCACCGAAGCAUUGGCCUACUUCCACUGCUGCCUUAACCCCAUCCUGUAUGCCUUCCUGGGGGUGAAGUUCAAUAAAACCGCCAGGAGCACGCUCACAAAUAGCAGCAAAUCAAGCCAGAAAGUGACUCUCAUGGCCAAAAAGCGCGGGCAGAUUUCUUCUGUGUCCACAGAGUCCGAGUCUUCCAGCGUUUUAACAAGUUAACCGGCAGUUAAUGUUGGGAGUUCUUGACUUUACACUCUCAGGAGAGACUUAAAAAAAAACGAAGCUUUAUUUUAAAGAACUUACUACAUUUUGUACACAUGUAAAAAAAAAAGAGUUUUUUGUUUGGUUUUUUUAUACUUGGUUGUUUGUUUGAGUUGAAAACUGCAGUUGUGUGUGUUUUGUUACAUUUGUUUCCCAAUUGUUCAUCUUCUGAAGUAGCAUUGUGUCCUGGUCAGUACCGAUUUCCCAUUCAAGAUCCAUUAUCUGUAUUAUUCUCACGGACUGUGAUGCUCCACCACGGAUCUUAUUUGUUGUCCUCCACUGGAAGCUGCUUUUGUAAACUUUGUACAUAGUUCUGUUUGUAGCAUUUGUGUGUGUCACACUUGAGUUGCGUGAAUAAGUGAAAGCUAUAAUUUAUUGCUGUCGUUUACACUGGGCUUAUGCUUGAUUUAAGAAAGUUGCUUUUUGUACUUGUUUUUUACUGUAAAAAUAAAAGUGUCUUGUACUUUCCGUGA